UAUAUAAACCCUUAAUGGAUUAUAUAAAGAGAGCAAAACAUAUACAACUUUUCAAGAAAUUGUGAGAACGGUAAAACAUCUAUAAUCUAAAAUUCGUGUUUCAAUGGCGAAAACAACUCACAUAGCUAUUGUUUCAAGUCCUGGUUUUUCCCACCUAGUCCCAAUAGUUGAGUUUGCCAAGCGACUUGUUGAGCAUCACCCAAAUUUUCAUGUAAGUUGCAUCAUUCCCUCACUUGGGUCACUCCAAGAAUCCUCGAAAGCCUACCUCGAAAAUCUUCCUUCAAACUUAAACUCCAUCUAUCUUCCUCCAAUUAACGAAGAAGAGUUACCUAAAGGGGCAUACGCUGGAGUCCUAAUUCAACUCACUGUUGCUCUGUCUCUACCAUCAAUACACGAGGCCCUGAAAUCCUUGAGCUCAAAAGCACCAUUGGCUGCGUUGGUUGCAGAUAUUUUUGCAUUCCAAGCACUGGAUUUUGCAAAGGAAUUCAACGCCAUGUCCUAUAUUUACUUCCCAGGUGCAGCUAUGGUACUGUCACUGUUCUUAUAUAUGCCAAAACUUGAUGAGGAGGUUUCUGGUGAGUACAAAGACCUAACAGAACCUAUUAGGUUACCAGGUUGUGUACCACUCCUUGGGCAUGAUCUUCCAGCCCCUGCACAUGUUCGGUCACAUCAAGCUUACAAAUUGUUUCUUGAACGUGCCAAAGGAAUGUCUCUGGCUAAUGGGAUAUUGAUCAACAGCUUCUUAGAAAUGGAAUCAGAUACUAUAAGGGCUUUGGAAGGGGAGGGAAAUGGAAAGAUCAGUUAUUAUGCUGUUGGACCCAUUACACAAAUAAGGUCAACAACCAAUGAGGUUGAACGAUCUGAAUGUUUAAAAUGGUUGGACAACCAGCCGCCUAAUUCUGUUUUGCAUGUGUCUUUUGGAAGUGGUGGAACACUCACUCAACACCAAAUCAAUGAGCUAGCUUUGGGUUUGGAAUUGAGUGGUCAAAGGUUCUUGUGGGUUUUGAGAGCACCAAGUAACUUACCUAGUGCUGCUUACCUUGGGGCUACAAAUGAGGAUCCCUUGCAGUUCUUACCAAGUGGGUUUUUGGAAAGAACCAGAGAGCAAGGUUUGGUUGUGCCUUCAUGGGCACCUCAGGUUCAAGUACUUAGUCAUAAUUCAGUUGGUGGAUUCCUAAGCCAUUGUGGUUGGAAUUCGAUUUUGGAGAGUAUUCAAGAGGGAGUGCCGUUAAUAACAUGGCCACUCUUUGCAGAGCAGAGGAUGAAUGCAGUAUUAUUAACUGAUGGCCUUAAAGUGGCACUAAGGCCAAAAGUUAACGAGGAUGACAUAGUGGAAAAGGAGGAAAUUGCAAAGGUGAUAAAGUGUCUAAUGGACGGAGAAGAAGGUAAAGGAAUGCGCAAAAGAAUGAAGGUUUUACAAGAUUCUGCUUCUAAUGCACUGAAAGAUGGUUCUUCAAAACGGACUCUGUCUAAGUUGGCUAGCCAAUGGGAAAAUUUGGGUGGGGAUUUAGGAAAAUAAAUUUUCUUAAUUUCUUUUUUGAUUUGGAUCUUUCUACUUGGCUAUCUUUCGUGUGUGUUUUUCGUAAUUUGCUUUCUUUGUCAGGGUGAUGUGUCAUUAUAGUAUGGUUUCAUAGAUGUACUGUAUUGUAAUUUUUUUUUUGGGUACUUAGAUGUAUUGUAUCUUUGACACUCGA